AAGCGUGGAGGGGAGCGCAGCAGCAGCCUGCAGCAGUCGUAUCUGUUAGGCCUGUACACGCACAUACAGAGACAUCACAUAACAGCAGGGCUUUUUUUUCUUUUCUUUUUCUUUGACAACCGAUUGCAAUGCCGCGGCAAAACAGCAAUGCCGUGGCCGUGGAGAGACGCAUGGAUCUGGCCUCGCUUUUCUGCAUGAUCGGGCGACACGGUCCCGCUGUGGCUCUGGCUGUGAUAGUGAUGGUGUCCGUGGUGGCGGGUUUCAUCAUCUACCGGACCGUGAGGGGGAAGCGGAGGAAGGCUGCAGCCGCAGCCGACGGCGCUGACAGCAAGAGCCCCGGAGAGGAGAGAGACGCAUCGGUGAUACAGGAGCCGGGCCCGGAGGAACCACACAGACCAGCGGAGUCAACAGAUUUGAGUGACAAGGGCUCGUCAGAUGUGCUAAAGGAGGAUGCUGAUCUGAUUUUGAGUGAUAUCAAAAUCAGGCGUCGUGCUGGUGUUGCUGCUGCUGCUGCUGCUGCUGCUGCUGAUGAUGAUGAUGAGAAGAAACCAUCACUUUGUUCUCUCCCCAAGAGUAGCGUCCAAGUAUCACUCAACAAGCAUACCACUUCAGAUGACACAGAGGACAUGGCAGUCAUUCAAGACUCUUACAAAGUAACUGAGACGUAUGCAGAGGAGGCCAAAGAGAGCGUGCAAAGUGAUACUUACACGGUGGCUGAAAUGGAGGUGGAGGAUGCUGUUGAUUUGCACCAGCGUGCAACAGAUGAUGGUAUAAGGGAGGAAGCAGAGAUCGAUGAUAUUGACAGCUGCAUGAAAGAGCCUGAGCUGAAAAAUGAUGAGAGCUGCCAUGAGGAAGAAGAGAAAGUGUUUAAAGCAGAAUGCCGGGAAGAUGAGGAUGUGACCACAGACAAGGAUGUUUCUGACAAGAAAACCAGACAAGAGGAAGAACGCUUUCAGUGUACUUCGAGCAGCCCAGUGUGCUUUGAACAAACGCUUCAUAUGAGUGAAAAUGAUGACAAUGACAAACUACAAGAAAAUAAAACCACACUGGAGACAAACACAGCGGAGUCCACCUUUGAAGAGCCUGUCACGCAUAAUGACAAUUUACCUGUCACCUGCCUCUCUGAUGACAACGAUGAGGACUUUGAGGAAGAGAAACACCAUCUAGAUAGUAUUGAUUACAGUAAAUAUUCCGGCAAUAAUCACCUCUCUACAGAAGAAGAAAAGAAAAAUGAGGAGUCUGAAGCAGAAGAGGAGUCUGUAGACAACCAGGUAAUUUCUCAACAAACUAAGAUCUCGUCCUCAACAUUUGAACAAGAAACAACACUGCUACCUUCACAGCAGGACCAAUGUGAUCAUAGCAUGGAUGUGGUGGUGGACGAAGAAGAAAAGACAAGUGAGUUUGAGGAAGCAGAAGAGGAGUCUGUAGACUACCAGGUAAAAUCUCAAGAAGCUGAGAUCUGGUCCUCAACAUUUGAACAAGAAACAACCCUGCCAUCUUCACAGCAGGACCAAUGUGAUCAUAGGACUGAUGUGGUGGUGAAAGAAGAAAAGAAAAGUGAGGUUGAAGAAGCAGAAGAGGAGUCUGUAGACUACCAGGUAAUUUCUCAACAAGCUGAGAUCUGGUCCUCAACAUUUGAACAAGAAACAACCCUGCCAUCUUCACAGCAGGACCAAUGGGAUCACAGGAUGGACGUGGUGGCGGACGAAGAAGAAAAAAAAAGUGAGGGUGAGGAAACAGAAGACGAGUCUGUAGAUUACCAGGUAAUUUCUCAACAAGCUGAGAUCUGGUCGUCAACAUCUGAACAAGAAACAACCCUGCCAUCUUCAGAGGAGGACCAGUAUGAUCAUAGGACGGACGUGGCGGCACCGCCUAUUCAGGAUAGUGAAUGUGAUGAUGAUGGUGGUCUAGCUGAAGUGUUUGAAAAAGAUACAGAUAAAGACCCAACAGAUAUUCUUACUGCUGUCGAAUUUGAUGCUCACUCACUACAGUUUAAGGAGGAAGAACUGCAUAUUGAACAAGAAGAGGAAAAUGGUGUCACAUGUAAUCAAGAGGUUGGUGUUCUUCCUGUUGGGACUGAUCAAGUGAAAGAGGAUAUACUGACUAGUGACAACAUUGUUGUCUGUGGUGAAGAACAUGACAGUUCAACGAUGGUGCUCAGCCCUGUUCUGCCCUGUUUGAGCGAUCCUGUAAAGGUUGAUAAUCUUGAUGACGGUCUAUCAAGUGUCACCACUGAUGCAAAAGCUCAGAUCUCAAGCAUUUCAGAUUUCCCUGACUUAUCAUUGGAUUGUCAAGAAAAUCAGCCUGAAAGCAAUGAAAAUGGAACAACGGCUGUGCUGGCUGAAGAAUGUAUUGACCAAGUCUAUGAAUCUCAUGUUUCACCCUGCUGCAAAGAAGAGCAAAGUGUCCAAUUGAUAAAUAAUGAUACUUUUGAUAAGGCAGAUGUUGUUGCUUGUUCUGACAUAGAUACAAAUGUUCCUGCUUCUCUAAUGACAGAAGAAAUAUCUUUUCCUCACCUGCCAUCCAUCUGCCAAGGCCGCCAAAGUGAACACAUGGAAACAAAUGAGACUUUUGAUGAGAUGGUUGUUAAUUCUGUGACUGAAGCAGCUGUUUGUGACAAUGCUAGCAUUGGCGUACUUGAAAUGUCAGAAGAAAUAACUCAUCCUCACAUGCUGGCUGCCUCUCAAGACCAACAAAGUAACCAAACACAAAUUAACAAAGAUUUUUCAGAAGUUACCACUGGUCUUGCUCCUGUCAUGACCAAAGACAUUAACCCUACCACGUGUCAACUUCACCUGCUGUCUUUUGAACAAAAUGAGCUGAGGGAUACUGACAUAUCAUCUCCUAGUGUUGGUGAAGAGAGUGGGAUUUCAAGCAUGGCUGUUAGCCCUGAUUUGCAAGACGUCGGUAAUGAAUUUGACACUAUUGUUGCAAAUAUUGCACUUCCGGUGAUAGAUUGUGAUCCACAGCCGGAGGAACACACCAAGGCUCAAGAAAGCUUCUUUACUGAUGAUGUAGCUGUAUCUGUCAUCAAGGAAGAUACAGCAGGUAUGGUGUUUGGCCCUUACCCAUCACAUCUUCCUCAGCAACUCCAAAGUGAUCAUACAGAUAAGGUUAACUAUGAAUCAUUUGCAGCCAACGAAGACAUGUUUGGCCAAGACAUUGAGGAUGGCUACCAAAGAGUGAUGGACCAGUUUGUGGUGCCAAUUGCAAGCAAUGUUACUAGCUUAACUGAUGAGCUAAAAACACAGUCAGACAUGAAAGCUGUUGUUGAGGAUGUAGAGAUAAAGGAAAAGAAGGAAGCAGUAAGCGCUGAAAAGAAAGAGGCAGCAGAAGCAGAUGAGGAGAAAGAUGAGGAUUAUGAAAAGACGGAAAUUAGUAUCAUGGAGGCAACUAUGGACAAUAAUGAGUGGAUCACGGAUAGCAACUACCAAGUCCUUCCCUGGAUGAAUCUUUCUGUCCCAUCUUUGGUCCAAGACCAUACCAACCAAAAGACCAACCAACUUCCCACGGACGAAGGCCAGCACAGCCCUUCUCUUGCAGAUGUUAUUUGUAGAGAUACAGAUACCCUACCCUCCACUGACGUCAAACAAACCAGCACUCUCGCUCUUGUUGAGGAAAACACAGAAAAAAAGGUUGUGGCUGUCCAGCCCAUGCCUCAGAAUGUCAAUGUAAUCUUCCGGAUCCACUAUCUCACCCAAUCGCCAUACCAGACGGUGGCCAUCACGGGGAACCAGCAGGAGCUGGGGAACUGGAAGGGAUUCAUCCCUCUAGAGAGGGCCAAGGACGGGCACUGGGCCACUGUGGUCAGCCUCCCCGCAGAGAGCCAUGUGGAGUGGAAAUUUGUGGUUGUGGACAAAGGUGAGGUUUGUCGCUGGGAGGAAUGUGGCAACCGCCUCCUCGAAACAGGAUACGGAGAUGACCUGGUUGUGCACAAAUGGUGGGGAUUCCUGUGAGAGAGGGUGAAAGGAAUAUGCUGCAAAGGUGAGAGGAAGAUUGAGAGUGGCAUGUACAGCACAGUAAGCUUUGAUAGUGGAAACUGGACCAGAUAAAGUUGUGAACUAAAUAGUUUUUUAAAAUGUCUUGGCUACAUAUAAUUAACUGUUGUUUCUAUAUUUUAGUGCUGGAUUGAUUAGUAUUACAACAGAUAAUUAACAAUGUUGAUAAUGGAUUCAUUGUUUAAGUAAUUUUUUCAGUCAUACACACAUAAAAAAUAUAUAUUAAAAUGUUUUUAAUCAAAUCAAGCCCAAUUUUUAACUGAAGUAAUAUCUGCAUAGAUGUCUUUUGGUCUGCACAUUUCCAGCACCAAGAUUUCUGUCAUCUAAUGGGACUUUUCUUCAAGGAUUGCCUCCUAAUAGCCAGUGAUCAAAUCAAUCUUUUAAGCAAACUGAAAAGAUAGGCAAAACACAGAAGCAUUACUGUACAUAAAACAUGUUUUUUUUCUCUCUAUAUGCAACAUGCACGUCUUUAAAAGUGUUUAAUUUGUAUAAAUGGAGACUUUAUUAUACUGUCCAUAUGCUGCUUCAAUACUCCCUAACAAUCUAUGAGAAUAAAUGCACAUAGUUCACUUUUACUACAGCAAUAAUCAAAGCAAUAAUUGUUCAGUAUACUGUAUGAAUGGUGUUCUAUCAGGUAUUAUAAUGUGGUUACCACUAAACUGUGAUAUAGUUGUAACUUGCUGCUUUUAUCUUGUGGGACUCUGUGCAUGCAAGAUUGUCUCACUGUUGUUUUAUGACUGUGCCUUUUUAAAAAUGAUGUUCUACUAAUGUGUUAUAAUGCAUCAAAUCAGUGCGGCUUUUCUUUUUAAAACAGCGUUGCUGGCUUUUUUUUCUGUGUUUCACUAAAACUUUUACUGAAUUACUUAUAAUGAUUCAAUUAUUUUUUUUAAAACAAAUGCUUUCAGUUUUUUUUUGUCAUUUUAUUUCUUAAACAGUGUAGACUAUUAUCUCAGAUCUCACCAGAGUAUAUUAUUAUGCAAUAUGAUGAUGAUAAUGGUACUUGAAUGUACAUGUCAAAUAAACUAAUCCUCCAGGUCUGUCAUAGCUGGAAAUAUAUGUUUCUUAUAAAUGUGAAUUUAUUGAAAGAGCAGAUAUUUGGAGGUAAUUGCAAGUGUUUGUUCCAAUAUGAAAAAAGUGUCUCACAAAAUAAAAAUGCGUAACUUGACAUUAUUAAAUAUAACUAAA